CCCCGGGCUGCGCCAACUUGGGCCUUGCCGCCGCCUCCAAUUCCUUUCCCCAACAUCCAUCCCUUUCACCACCAGACGAUUACCUGACACGCCCUUCACGCCAUGGCACCCAACAAUGAUGCAUCCCAGGCGAAGCAGCCCGAGAUCAAAGUCUACUGGCUGAAUGAUUCGCGCGCCGAGCGCGCCGUCUGGUUGCUCGAGGAGCUCGGCUUGACCUACUCGGUCGAGAUCUUCCAUCGCAACAGCGAGACGAACAUGGCCCCGCCCGAGCUAGAGCGAAUCCACCCCCUCGGCAAAGCCCCCGUCGUCACCGUCACCCCCGCGUCCGCCAAUGGCCCUGCCGCGCCAAUCGUGCUCGCCGAGAGCGCCUUCAUCGCCGAGUAUCUCGUCGAGCACUUCGGCGCCGCCAGCCAUCUCGCGCCCCCGCGCUACCACCCCGGCAUCACUGCGGGCACCCCCGCCGCCGUGGGGAGCGAGACCGAGUCGUGGAUGCGGUACCGCUACUUCAUGAAUUAUGUCGAAGGCAGCUUGAUGUCGCCGCUGACCCUGGCUCUAGUCUUGGGCAUCUUCAAGAGCCCCAAGGUGCCCUUCUUUGUCCGGCCCGUGACCGGGUUUGUGGCUGACAAAAUCCUGUGGGGAUUCGUUUACCCCAAUGUGUUCCGGCACCUGGCCUUCCUCGAGAGCCAGCUGGCCACAGCGCCCGACGGCGGGCCCUACCUGUGCGGCGCCCAUCUGACGGCCGCUGACAUAAUGCUGGGUUACCCGUUGUCGCGCGCCCGCGGCGCCUUCGCCGACCUCGACAUGGGUGGCGGCAGAGGUAAGGUCCGUGACAGCUUCCCCAAACUCUGGGCCUAUGUCGACCGCCUUAUGGCCGAGCCCGGGCUCAAGCGCUCUCUGGCCAGGAUGGAAGAGGCCGAGGCGGCAAAGAAGUAGAGCAGCCAAACGAGGCUCACUCUCGCAGCUGCGGCGAUUGCAUGUCCCUUUGAGACCAGGCGACUAGUUCAAGAAAGUCGGGCGAGAGCCUGUGGAUGCCGUAUUUCGCUUGUGUCGAGUAUCUCCAGGCGAGACAUGUACCUAAUUAUGUACUUGUACAUACAAAACAGUGAAUAUGACACUACCGUGUACUCUCGAUCGAGCUCAGUCCAGCACAAGAACAAUGCUCAUGUAUGCAAGAUAGGUAUCUAUUCAUUGCGGCACUCUCUUCAUUACGCCCUUAUCCCAUUAUCCUAGCCUGCAUUUGGUUAGGGGGCGUGUGGCAUGUCCAACAUCGUACUCACUCUGAG